AUGUCAUAUCUGCUGCCACAUUUGCGCACAGCCUGGCAUGUUGACCAGGCCAUCUUGUCGGAAGAAGAGCGCCUUGUUGUCCUGCGUUUUGGAAGGGACGCGGAUGAGCUAUGCAUGCGGCAAGAUGAGAUCCUCUUCAAAAUCGCCGACAAGGUGCGCAACUUUGCCGUCAUCUACUUGGUCGACCUGGAUGAAGUCAAGGACUUCAACAAGAUGUAUGAACUCUACGACCGCUGCACCAUCAUGUUCUUCUUUCGCAACAAACACAUGAUGAUUGACCUUGGCACUGGCAACAACAACAAGGUCAAUUUUCUGGUGGAGGACAAGCAGGAACUCAUCGACAUCCUCGAGACAGUAUACAAGGGUGCGCGUAAAGGCAGGGGCUUGGUGAUUAGCCCGCGAGACUACAGCACGCGACUGGCGUAUUGA